ACUCGACCCUAGCCCAUUUUUGUUCUUUUUUUCCUUGAACGGACCAAAUCUCUCGAUGUCAAACGAAGCAGAUCUAACUCGAAUAACUUUGUUAAUUGGACUCAAGCCACCCAGGACCCAUUUUGUUCUAACUCCAAAUCCAGUGAUAUGCGUAUAACUUGCUAAAAGAAUAUGUAAACCCUAGAAAUUCCAUAUCUCUAUAAACCCUAGACAUUCCUAAUCAAAAUCAAGAAGAUGUCAGACCACAUACCGUUUGAAAUCCAAUCAGAAAUUAUGAAAAAGCUUCCUGUGAAAUCGUUGCUUCGAUUCCGCUCCAUCUCCAAAUCAUGCAAGUCUCUGAUCGAAAGCUCUGAUUUCAUUACACAUUAUAGCAGCCAACAACAACAUCUGCUUGUAAGUUAUAAGGAUUUAGUUAACAAUGAGCAACAACACCUUUCGAUUGUUGAUGAUGAUAGUUUCCCCACACAGAGAGUUUCCGUUACUCUUCCACCAUUGGUUGAUGAUAUUCAUGUUAAUGUUAUUAAAAUUGGCAGCUCUCAUGGCUUGUUAUGUUUUUUCGCUAAAGCCCAGGCUGUUAUUUGGAAUCCUUCGAUUAGGAAAGCGGUUACUGUCGUUAUGCCUCCUGGGAUAACUUAUGCAACUGUUCAAGGAUUUGGGUUUUGUCGCGGAACGACUGACCCUAAGAUUGUCAAGAUUGAUAAUAGAAACUGGUGGAGAGAUCCAGCAAGUCCGGUUAGCACAAACCCUUGGAAAGUUGAAGUGUUUACGUUAAGCACGAAGUCUUGGAGAAGUCCAUAUAGCAGCAUUCUCCCUCGUAGUAAUUCGAUUUACAUUCAUGGGAAUCAGGUAGAUAUAGAUGGGUGUCUUUAUUGGCUUGGUAAUGAUUCCGUGACUGGUGCAGGUACGUGUUGUCAUUCGAUUGUGUCGUUUGAUAUGACAAGUGAAGAAUUUGGAGAAGUAAACCUCCCGGAGAGUGUAACCCCUUGUGUAUGGUUGACCUUGUAUAAGCUAAAGGAGUCGGUUGCUGUGAUUGAAGAAGGUCUAAAGGGUGAUCAAGUAGUCUACCAUGUAUGGAUGAUGGAGGACGGUGUUUUAAAAUCGUUUAAAAAGCUCUUAACUAUUAGUAAUCACUUGUUAGACGUAUUUAUAGUUGAUGUAAGGGGAUUUAGGAGAACAGGUGAACCUUUAGUUGAAUUAGAACCUUAUCUUGGCGCCGUUAGAGGACUUGCUGCUUAUGAACCCUACUCUAAAUCAAUCCGUAAUGUUGGGAUUAUUGGAAGAAAAUCUUCAUAUUAUGUGUGUUCCUACAUGGAAACGCUACUUCUGCUUUGAUCAGCCCGUUAUUACGGUUUAUGAAGCAUGCAAGCAGGUUAUGGAUGUUUUUCUAUUUGUUUUUGUUUAUUGAUCUUUGACUUUUUGAAGUCAACCGGAUAUUAACAGGUGUUUAAAAACUUAUAUGAGUUUGUAUAUAUAGGAAUGCUAUUGUCGUAUCUUCAACAAAAGGAAUCAGUGUUUAAAAAA